AUUCGACAUCGGCUACAUGAGCUGUCAUUUCUUUAGCUGAUGUUUUGAUUUGAAUAUUGAUUAAAAGUUCAACUUUGUGGAAAUUAUUUUUCAAUAAUGAGUGUAGAAUUGUGGUUCGAAACCGACAGUGAGGACGAGGAGGAUUAUGCUAACCUGGCAGCAGAACGUAGGCGGAUCAGGGAUAACUCGAAUCCGCUUGAUCAAACAGAAAAAUCAUUCAUCCGACUGUUCAGAGUUUCAAAGGAUAUUUUCGUAUACCUUCUGGAAAUCAUUACUGCAAAAAUCAACCCAGUUCAAUUGUCCACGUCUGUUUCUCCAACGGUCAUGUUAGCAGCAUCGUUGAGAUUUUUUGCAGAAGGUAAUUACCAGAAAGGCGUGGGAAACGACCGAUAUAUUGGCUUGGCACAACCAACAAUGUCAAAAGUGCUGCAAAUUGUAUUGGACAUCAUUGAAAAUGAAGUGUGUCCUACUGUUAUCCAGUUUCCGUCCGAAGAUCGAGAAACAAAUGCCAUUAAACUGGCGUUCUACCAGAAAACUGGAUUUCCAGGAGUAAUUGGAUGCAUAGACGGAACCCACAUAAGCAUCAUCCCACCGGCUCGCGAUAAACAUCUGUAUUAUAAUCGGAAAGGAUUUCACAGUCUGAAUGUUUUGUUGGUUUGUGAUAAUAACUUAAUGAUCCGCUAUCUCGAUGCUAAUCAUCCAGGAUCCUCCCACGAUUCUUUUGUAUGGAACGGCAGUUCAUUAAAUCAGCUGUUAUUUCAAAAGUACAAUAACGGGGAGAGGAGCUCCUGGUUACUCGGUGAUGCUGGUUACCCUUUGAAACCAUUUCUUAUAACACCUUUCCUUACAGGAGCCAAUAAAAUCGAACGACACACUAGGUUCAAUGACAUACAUUCCAAAACCCGAAUCACCGUGGAACGGUCCAUUGGAGUGGCCAAGAAUACGUUCCGGUGUUUAUUAGGAGCAAGACAACUUUAUUAUACACCUGAAAAAACCACAAAGAUUAUCAACGUUUGUGUUGCCCUACAUAAUCUCCGCAUUCAACAUAAAAUGGAUUACGACGAACCGGAAUUAGCAGAUGAAGGAGAAGAUUUAGAUUUGCGUGAUGUUAACGGAAAUCAAAAUGAGGGAGUAAGAAUCAGAGAACAAAUUUUGAAUAACAUUUUGUGA